AUGCCGUAUGCCGACGACACUGCCUCCCUGUUCAGCACGACAACGACCUUGCUAGAGCUGCCGAGCCUCACUCGGGAGGGUACGAGCGGAUUCGAUGCCACGUCGUUAGAGUGUGGUGGUCAUUUGAGCGCAGAGGAGACCUUUGUCACCUUUAUAUGCUCCUACAAGAAUUACAACCCAGAUGAUCACUUUUUGAAGUUGCUUGAGGUGCGUGGUUGAUGGUGGCCAAAUUACAGGACCUCCCCCCUAUGACGGAGCACAAAGCCGACAUGAUCCUCUGCACGCCCAGCGGGUUGGAUGCCCAGCGUCAUUUGGCAGGAAUUCGGCCACGGGAUUGACGUCUCUAAAGAAACGCUUGAGCGUGCAGAUCCCUCGCAGGUUCCUGCUGCAAUCGCCCACUUUUCACCGCAAGUAAGUCUGCACCGUCUGUCAGGCCGACUUUUCCUCGUUGGUGGUGCAUUCAGCUCAAAUACAUAACUCGCUGUCAGUCCUCGCGAUGAGGCUGAGGUGCAACGAAUCGUAAACGACACCAAAGCGAAGACAAGUGAAGCGAUCAAUACACUGUUCGACUCUGAGCGCCCCACGCUCCUGCUCGUCAGGGAACGUGAAGUGCUGGGCGUGAUCAUCACAGCUUUGCUCAAAGCUCUAGACUUGAGCAAUCCUCACUUCGUUUACCCAGCACCAAGCAUCGUACAAGCGCCAAAAUGGGCGACUGUCAAAAACGCAUCCUUCAUGGCCGCUGCAUCGGCUGAUGUCAAGUGGGCGACAUUGACCAUACUGACCCCUCCUGCAGAAGGACAGACCAACGAAGUGACAAAAGAGCAGGAAGCAGCUUACCUGAAGGACCAAUAUGGCUCCGGUGCCAAGACGCACACAACCAAUGCCGAGGUGCGCCGUGAUAGACUACUCUUCUCCAGGCAAGACGGCUGCUCUGACGUCACUUUGCUACCCAUGAAUCCGUGCUCAUGCUAAGCUGCUCGCUGCAAUGUGGGAGCCAGAGUGAGCAAAGUCGCUCGAGAAGGGGCUAGGCAGGUGCGACGCUGACCUUUCAUCUCCCUGAUCUCACUACUAGCGACGCCGCCGAGCAACAGCUUGAUCGCGUUCUCGAAGCACUCGAGAGACGAGGCGGCAUCUGGACGGUGAGAAGAUGAAGUGAAGCAUACGAAGAUGACCAUUCUCUGCUAGCACUGUUGCUGAGUGGACUUUCUUGCUGCAGCACGCGGCGCACCGCUCGACUCCAGGCUUGCGAAAUGCCGACCCGAAACAGAGACCCGAAUUCAUCGUCCGUGGCGUCUUUCCACUGAGUGAGUGAACUGCUCGUCUUCCACAUCAUCCACUCAACUCGUUCGACUUUUCCACGCCACUCUUGACCUCAUGACGAAAGUCUUCAUCGAGAGGUGCAGAAAGUACGCCGAAAAGCAGCGAAUGCCAAUGCCAUCCGACGUGUCGCCCGAGACGAAAGCGAAAUGGGCACCUAUCAUCACAUCCGCGCGCGGUGUCGCCAGUGAGCAUGGUGAGUGCACACUCACGACUGUCAGCGACACGAAAUGCCGAAAAAAGGGCAUGUGAUUGACGCGUAAUAUGUCUGCGUGUAGAGCAUCAAUCCGAAGAUGCUCUGGCAGGCUGCUCAAUCCGUUGCACCGACGAGCCCUUCAAAGGGGCUAGAUGGAAUGAUCGCUUCUUUACCAGCAACGUGGCAGGAGGGAGCGGCGCAUGA